AAGAGUCGCGUCGUGCCUGAGAGCGCAGCUGUGCUCCUGGGCCCGCGCAAUCUGCCCCCGCGACUCCUCACCGGACUGCUGCUAGGACCCCCUGCCCCGCUCCGCAGCCAUGAACUACCUGCGGCGCCGCCUGUCGGACAGCAACUUCAUGGCCAAUCUGCCAAAUGGGUACAUGACAGACCUGCAGCGCCCGCAGCCGCCCCCGCCGCCACCUGCUGCCCCCAGCCCUGGGGCCACACCCGGUCCCGCGACCGCCACUAACGAAAGGGUCUCCUCGGCUGCCCCCGUGGCCUCUCCGGCUGCCCCUAGCCCUGGGUCUUCAGGGGGCGGUGGCUUCUUCUCAUCGCUGUCCAACGCGGUCAAGCAGACCACUGCGGCCGCAGCCGCCACCUUCAGCGAGCAGGUGGGCGGCGGCUCUGGGGGCGGAGGCCGUGGGGGCGCCGCCGCCAGGGUGUUGCUGGUCAUCGACGAGCCCCACACUGACUGGGCAAAAUACUUCAAAGGAAAGAAGAUCCAUGGGGAAAUUGAUAUUAAAGUAGAACAGGCUGAAUUCUCGGAUCUCAACCUCGUGGCUCAUGCCAAUGGUGGAUUCUCUGUGGACAUGGAAGUUCUUCGGAAUGGGGUGAAGGUUGUGCGGUCUUUGAAGCCGGACUUUGUGCUGAUUCGUCAGCAUGCCUUCAGCAUGGCCCGGAAUGGAGACUACCGCAGUUUGGUCAUUGGGAUGCAGUAUGCUGGAAUCCCCAGUGUUAAUUCUUUGCAUUCUGUCUACAACUUCUGUGACAAGCCCUGGGUGUUUGCCCAGAUGGUUCGACUGCACAAGAAACUGGGGACAGAGGAAUUCCCUCUAAUCAAUCAGACCUUCUAUCCCAAUCACAAAGAGAUGCUCAGCAGCACAACGUACCCUGUGGUUGUGAAGAUGGGGCAUGCGCACUCUGGUAUGGGCAAGGUCAAGGUGGACAACCAGCAUGACUUCCAGGACAUUGCAAGUGUUGUGGCACUGACCAAGACAUAUGCCACUGCUGAGCCCUUCAUUGAUGCCAAAUAUGACGUGCGCGUCCAGAAGAUUGGGCAGAACUACAAGGCCUACAUGAGAACAUCAGUUUCAGGAAACUGGAAGACCAACACUGGCUCUGCAAUGCUUGAGCAGAUUGCCAUGUCUGACAGGUACAAGCUGUGGGUGGAUACAUGCUCAGAGAUUUUUGGGGGACUGGACAUCUGCGCAGUGGAAGCGCUGCAUGGCAAGGACGGAAGGGAUCACAUCAUUGAGGUGGUGGGCUCCUCCAUGCCACUCAUUGGUGACCACCAGGAUGAAGACAAGCAGCUCAUUGUAGAGCUCGUGGUCAACAAGAUGGCUCAGGCCUUGCCACGGCAGCGGGAUGCCUCUCCUGGCAGGGGCUCCCACAGCCAGGCUCCAUCCCCAGGAGCCCUGCCCUCAGGCCGCCAGACCUCACAGCAGCCCUCUGGGCCCCUGGCUCAGCAACGACCCCCACCACAGGGUGGCCCUCCACAGCCGGGCCCAGGCCCACAACGCCAGGGACCUCCGUUGCAGCAGCGCCCACCCCCACAGGGCCAGCAACACCUUUCAGGCCUUGGACCCCCAACUGGCAGCCCCCUGCCCCAGCGCCUACCAAGUCCCACAUCAGCACCCCAGCAGCCUGUGUCCCAGGCCCCACCACUGACCCAGGGUCAAGGCCGCCAAUCCCGGCCAGUGGCAGGAGGACCUGGGGCACCUCCAUCAGCCCGCCCGCCUGCCUCCCCAUCUCCCCAGCGUCAGGCAGGCCCUCCACAGGCUACCCGUCAAACAUCUGUCUCUGGUCAGGCUCCACUGAAGGCCUCAGGGGCUCCACCAGGUGGUCAGCAGCGCCAGGGUCCACCCCAGAAACCGCCAGGCCCUGCUGGCCCCACUCGCCAGGCCAGCCAAGUGGGUCCCAUGCCCCGCACUGGGCCACCCACCACACAGCAACCACGGCCCAGUGGCCCCAGCCCUGCUGGACGUCCUACCAAGCCACAGCUGGCCCAGAAACCUAGCCAGGAUGUGCCGCCACCUGCCACCACUGCUGUCGGGGGACCCCCACAUCCCCAGCUCAACAAAUCCCAGUCUCUGACCAAUGCCUUCAACCUUCCAGAGCCAGCCCCGCCCAGGCCCAGCCUUAGCCAGGACGAGGUGAAAGCUGAGACCAUCCGCAGCCUGAGGAAGUCUUUCGCCAGCCUCUUCUCCGACUGAUACCCUACCCUGAGAACCCCCCCAAAUCCCUGGGCAACCCCUCUCUGGGCCCUGAAUCCACUUCUCACUUCUGAGAUCUCCAACUCCCCUGAGAAGCCCUCUCCUGGUUCACCAAUAUCCCUCUUCUCAUUCCUCUGAAUGCCCAAGUCCUUAGAGAAACUUCACUCCUGGUCCUAAACUUGUUUCUCAUGUUUGGAAUUCCCAAGUCCCUGGGAAGCCCACUCCUGGUCACCUCAGGACCUACUUCUUAGUUUUAGAACCUCCAAAUUCCCAGACGUUCCCAAACACCAGGCAACCCACUCUGGCCCUAACACCAUGGAGUCCCCUCCUAGAGACCUGAAAUUCGCGAGAAAUAUACUCGUGGUCCCAGCUCUCUCAAGCACAUGUUGUUCCCCAUCAAAAUUUCCCAAAUCAUUAAGAAACUCCUACCUUUGAGCCCCCUUACAUAGAUCUCCCAUUUCUGGAGAUCCACCUCUUCAAAGGCCAUCACCCAAGCCAAGGAUCCCCCUCCCCCCCAACUCCAUUCAAUACAUUGGGAGCUCCUCCCACUGCUAGGACCCCUCAGUUCUCCAGGGACUCCUACCCCACUUUCCUGCCUUUGACAGCUGUCUUUAAAUAUGCAAACUCCACCCAAUCUCCCAGAAUCCUUUGCACAUGGAAGGCCAGUGGUCCUCCACAUCCCCACCUUUGCGUGACGUCUGUGUCUGUGACUGAUGUGGCCUCCUCUCGUGCCGUGCUUGGCAUAUGUGGUACUCGUUCAUCGUGCCGCCUGUGGUGAUGCGUGCAGUGGCGCUGUUCAUGUGGUCCGCACCUCCCCACAACCUCCACUCCUUGCCUGGACUUACCCCCACCCCUCAGCAGCUCUGAACCCCAUGAGAAGAGUCGGGAAGCAAAAUAAACAAGCAAAGGCCCAG